AGAGCCGUUCUCGCGCACCGUCCACCCACACCCGCCUGUCAGCCAUGUUGUUCGUGUGACCCAGCUGUCAGCAACAGGUCCAGUUGACUAAACUAGACAUUCUUCUCGGAAUUACCUCAUUUUGCCAAUACGCGACGACUGCAUAACGCCAGGGAGACUUUCAUUGCAGACAGAAAAGUGGAGAAAGUAGUUGUUGUUUUUUGCCGGAUGAUUGUGAGAGAUGACUGCGAGCUAGCCGGCUGAGUAGAAGAUCGGGAGACCCCCCCCCCCCCCCCCCCGCCCCCUCUGCCACCUGCAGCCAUGAAUGGCGGCCGCAAUGUGUGGGCUAUCUCUCCAGAGGAGAGGGACAAACAUGAUAAACAGUUUGACACCCUCUCUCCCGCGACAGGCUUUGUCUCAGGGGAGCAGGCCAGGAAGUUCUUCCUGCAGUCGGGUCUUCCCUCCUCAGUGCUGGCAGAGAUAUGGGCCCUGGCUGACAUGAAUAAGGAUGGGAAGAUGGACAGGUUGGAGUUCUCCAUCGCUAUGAAGCUCAUUAAGCUCAAACUUCAGGGCACACCCCUGCCCUCAUCUCUACCAAUCAUCAUGAAGCAGCCGCCAGUGCCCGCCCCUUCCUCAACAGGCGCCAUGUCCUCACGCUAUGGAAUGGGCUCCAUGCCAAACCUGUCGAUGAUGCCUGGAGCCAUCGCCAUGCUCACCCCCAUCCCCAUGACAUCCAACUUCGCAACCAUGACCCCUAACCUCUCAACCAUGACCCCUAACCUCUCAACCAUGAUCCCUAACCUCUCACCCAUGACCCCUGUGACUGGCCUUACUCCUAUGGUCCCAAUGGCAACAGGCAUGGUCCCUCUGGUUGCCACGUCAACAAUGCCCCUGCUGCCGUCCCUGGGCAGCCCUGCUCUCCCCAAUGGCACUAUGGGUAUCCUACAGCAACUUCCACCAGGACACAUGGGGACAGGCCUGCCUCUCUCUGUGUCCUACACCUCCUCUCCUCUGGGUUUCUCUCCUGGGAUGAACAAAGCUACGUCACUGCUGGACCUAGGCUCAAGCAGCUCCAACUCUUCAUCCACCACCUCCCUGGCAGGUAGUUCUCCUAAGACGGUGCCCUCUGACUGGGCCGUGCCUCAGGCCUCGCGCCUGAAAUACAGACAGCAGUUCAACAGCCUCGACAAACACAUGACGGGAUACCUCACAGGUCAGCAGGUGAGGAAUGCCAUGGCAACCACUCUGCUCACUCAGACACAGCUGGCCACCAUCUGGACCCUGGCCGAUGUGGAUAAGGAUGGGAAGCUAAGAGGAGAGGAGUUUAUUCUGGCCAUGCAUCUAGUGGACAUGGCCAAGACCGCCCAACCCUUACCUCUCACACUACCCAUAGAACUAAUACCACCAUCACAGAGGGGUGCUGUGAAUGGGACCAGUUUAUCUCUCUAUGCUGGCAUCACUGAAGAACUGGAGGCUGAGCCACCACAGAAACCCAAAAGCAACUUAUCGUUUGAGGAUAAAUUCAAGGCCAACCUGGAGCGAGGGAACGCGGAGCUGGAGAAAAGACGACAGGCUCUGCAGGACACACAGAGGAGAGAGGAGGAGAGACGCCAGCAAAAGGAGAGAGAGGAGCGAGAGAGGAGAGAGCGGGAGGCCAGAGAGCAGGAGGAGAGGAGAAGGAAGGAGGAGGAGAGGAGGCUUGAGCGACAGAGGGAACUGGAGAUACAGAAAGAGGAGGAGAGGCUGAAGGAGAUUGAGAGAAAAGAGGCGGCGCAGCGUGAGUUGGAGCGCCAGAGGAAAGAGGAGUGGGAGAGGAGGAGGAGAGGAGAGCUGCUGAGCCAGAAGAGUCAGGAGCAGGAGGACAUCGGCAGACUAAAAACUAGGAAGAGGAACCUGGAGAUGGAGCUGGAGGCUGUGGGUAACAAACACAGGCAGAUCUCUGAGCGGCUGAAUGAUGCUCAGCGCAGGAGGACGAUGCAGCGGAGCGAGCUGGAGCUGACCAACCAGAGACGAGACACAAGCAGACUGGACAUCAACUCCCUGCAGAGACAACUAGAGGAGUACCAGAGGAAGCUGUCCCAGCUGACUCCAGAACAGCAGAGGCUCAGUGACAAACUGAGGAACAUGGCCCUCAACAACCUGCCAGUCUCCACCAUGUCCACGCUGAAGCGCAGCGCCAGUGAGAAGGACGGAGUGUGUCGGAAACUGAAGCAGCAGCUGGAUGCUCUGGAGAACGAGACGGCUGCUAAACUGGCCGACAUGGACCAGUACCAGAACGACAUACAGUAUGGGGAUGCUGAUGACUGCCUGCUUCAUGGUCUCCUCUCUCUGGUCAACUGCCUUAGUAACCUCUUCUACCUCCUUAAGGAUCUGAGAGAGAGCCAGCGGAAGCAGCAGUCGGCUCUGGAUAAACUACGGAGCAUCAAAGAGGACAAACGGAGAGAACUGGAGAGACAGAGGGCGCAGGAGGAGGAGAGGAAGAGGAGGGAGGAGGAGGAGGCCCAAAGGCGCAUUAAGAUGGAGAAGGAGCGUGAGUGGCAGAAGAAGCUGCAGAGAGAGGAGGAGGAGAGACAGAUGAGGUUGCAGGAAGAGAGGGAGGCCAAACUGAGAGAGGAGGAGGAGAAGGAGGUGCAGGCCCGCCUCUUAGCUGCUAAAGAACAGGCAGAACGGGAACGCAGAGCAGAGGAGAGGAGAGAGCAGGAGAGGAGGAUGCAGGAGGAGAGGAGAAGACUGGAGGAAGAGGAGAGGAAUAUGAGGGAGGAGGAGAGAAGGAAACAGGAGGCGGAGAGGAAGAGAGAGGAGGAGGAGAGGAGAGAGGAAGAGAGGAGGCGGCAGGAGGAGAGGAGGAAGCAAGAAGAGGAGGAUUGGCGCAGGAGAGAGGAAGAGAGGAAGAGGUUAGAGGAGGAGAUGGAGAGAGAGAAGGAGGAAGAGGAGAAGAGGCGGCAGCGGGCUGCGGACGCAGCAAUCCGAGACGCAGAGGAGAGGAAGAGAGUGGAGGAGGAGAGGAGAAGGCAGGAAGAGGUGGACAGGAAGCGGCGCGAGGAAGACAGGAAGAGAGUGGAGGAGGAGAGGAAGGAGGAAGAGAGGAGGCGGCGGCAGGAGGAGGAGGAGGAGAGGAAGCUGAAGGAAGAAGCGAUGAGGAAGCUGGAGGAGGAGAAGAGGAAAAGACAGGAGGAGGCGUUGCGGCCGAGUGCAGGGAAGACAAACAUCCAUGACAAACUGUCAGCCCUUCUCAGAGGACUAGAGGAGAGGAAAGGUGGUCUGCAGCCCCAGGCCAUGGAGCACAGGAAGUCUGCGGCGCUCACUUCCUUCCGGGCGCUCUACCCUUUCACAGCUCGCAACCAGGACGAACUCAGCUUCGAGGCCGAUGAGCUCAUCGAGGUGGAUGAGAGUACGGAGCGGGAGCAGGGUUGGCUGUAUGGCUGUCGGCAGGGGAAGAUGGGCUGGUUCCCAGAGAGCUACGUGGAGAGACAGGCCAAACCAGAGACACCUGCUGUUAUUAAUGCAACUCCAGCUGCCACUACCACUGCUGUUGCUACUACUGCUGUUUAUGCUACUGUUGCUAAACAGGCCCCCAGACCACAACUCUCCACUCCCAAACACACAGGGAAACCCGGGGGAGACGCUACCAUGCCAACGGGACAGAACUCCGCCUUCACUCCUACACACGCCCCUCACCACGCCCCCUUGGAUCAGAUACAGGUGGCGGGUAGCCUGCAGGCCCAGGCUCUGUGUUCGUGGACAGCUAAGACCGAGAGCCAUCUGAACUUCAGUAAGGACGAUGUGAUCUGGGUGCUGGAGCAGCAGGACAGCUGGUGGCUGGGGGAGCUCAACGGGGCGCAAGGCUGGUUCCCCAAAACAUAUGUCACACUCCUGGGAGAGAAUGAAGACACCACCAACUCGAUAAAUUCCCCUCCGGAUGGCUCUGAAGCCACAGAUGCGGCUCAACAGGAAGAGUACGUGGCGCUGUACACCUAUGAGAGCCCAGAGCCUGGCGACCUGACAUUUAGGGAGGGUGAUGUCAUCCUGGUGACCCAGAGAGAGGGAGAGUGGUGGAGUGGAGGCAUCGGAGACCGCACCGGGGUGUUCCCUUCUAACUACGUCAAACCCAAAGAGACAGACACAUCCAGCAACUCUGGAAAGUCAGGUCAGCCUGGGAAGAAACCAGAGAUAGCCCAGGUGAGCACAACAUACACGGCCACGGGGACAGAGCAGCUCAGCCUGGCGCCAGGACAGCUUAUCCUCAUCCUCAGCAAGAACCCCACCGGCUGGUGGCUCGGAGAACUGCAGGCGCGGGGAAAGAAGCGUCAGAAGGGUUGGUUUCCUGCCUCGCACGUCAAAAUGCUGGGAUCCAACAGCGGCAAGUCCACGCCAGCACCUCUACCAGUGUGUCAGGUCAUUGCCAUGUACGACUACAAGGCAGCCAACGAGGACGAAAUGAGCUUCUCCAAGGGUCAACUGAUCAGUGUGUUCGACAAGAACGACCCCGAUUGGUGGAAAGGGGAGGUCAACGGGGUCACCGGUCUGUUCCCAACCAAUUACGUCAAGAUGACCACUGCCGACACCGACCCCAGCCAGCAAUGGUGUGCUGACCUGAACAGUCUAGACUCUAUGAGUCCCCAGGAGAGGAAGAGACAGGGCUACAUCCACGAGCUCCUCCAGACAGAGGAGAGAUAUGUGGAGGACCUCCAGAUAGUCAUGGAGGUGUUCCAUAAGCCCAUGUCUGAGUCGGGCCGUCUGACAGAGGCAGAGAUGGCCAUGAUCUUUGUCAACUGGAAGGAGCUCAUCGCCUGCAACACCAAACUGCUAAAGGCUCUGCGGGUGCGUAAGAAGACGGGGGGUGAGAACAUGCCUGUCCAGGUGAUCGGAGACAUCUUGGCGUCCGAGCUGGCUCACCUCCAGCCUUACAUCCGGUUCUGCUCCUGUCAACUCAACGGAGCUGCUCUGCUACAGAGUAGGACUGACAACCAACAGGACUUUAAAGACUUCCUCAAGAAAAUCGCCACAGACUACCGCUGUAAAGGCAUGCCCUUAUCCAGCUUCCUGCUGAAGCCCAUGCAGAGGAUCACACGCUACCCUCUACACAUCAAAAACAUCCUGGAGAGUACCCAGGAGGACCAUGCAGACCGCAGGCCUUUGAGAGAGGCUCUGGAGCGGGCUGAGGAGCUCUGUUCUCAGGUCAACGAGGGAGUCAGGGAGAAGGAGAAUUCUGACAGGCUGGAGUGGAUACAGUCACAUGUACAGUGUGAGGGAGUCACAGAGAACUUGGUGUUUAACUCUCUGACUAACUGCCUGGGGCCCCGUAAGCUGCUCCACAGUGGGAAGGUGUAUAAGAUUAAGAGCAAUAAGGAGCUGUGGGCUUUCCUCUUUAACGACUUCCUGCUGCUCACCCACGCUGCCAAACAGUUCAGCUCCUCAGGACCGGACAAGCUCUUCAGCACCAAGAACAACACACAGCUCAAGAUGUAUAAACCGCCGGUGUUCCUCAACGAGGUUCUGGUGAAGUUGCCAGACCCCUCCAGUGAAGAGCCCUUCUUCCACAUCUCCCACAUCGACCGAGUCUACAGCCUCAAAACCGAGAACAUCAACGAGAGGACGGCCUGGGUGCAGAAGAUUAAAGCUGCCUCAGAGGACUUCUUAGAGACCGAUAAGAAAAAGAGAGAGAAAGCAUACCAAGCUCGUUCCCUGAAGGCCAGUGGAAUCGGCCGGCUGUUAGUCACCAUCCUGGAGGCCACUGAACUCAAGUCCUGCAAAUCCAACGGUAAGAGUAACCCUUAUUGCGAGGUAACCAUGGGGGCUCAGAUCUACACCUCUAGGACCCUCAGUGACACGGUCAACCCCAAGUGGAACUUCAACUGUCAGUUCAACAUCAGAGAUUUGUACCAGGACGUCCUUUGCAUCACCAUCUUCGAGAGGGACCAGUUCUCCCCUGACGACUUCCUGGGUCGCACGGAGGUUCCCGUGGCGACCAUAAAGAAGGAGUUGGAGAACAAGGGUCCAGCGACGCGCCGUCUGCUCCUCCACGAGGUCCCCACUGGAGAGGUGUGGGUGCGCCUCGACCUGCAGCUCUUUCAAAACAGAGCAUCCAAAUAAGGACCUCUGGGCCAACACUGGACGUCCAAAUAAAGACGUCCUGCAACUCUUCCAAACGAAGGACGCCAAAAUAAGGACAUCCUGUUCUGCCGCCACGCUGGAGGGCCUUGGUGGAAAUUGUAUGUAACUGCUGGUCCUAAUGGUUAAGUUUGGGGUUGCCGGAUCCUAGAUCUGUGGUUAAGCCAGGGCUAACUUUUACCUGGAGCUGCCAUGGGUAACACUAACCACCCGAUGAGCUAAUGGGAAACCUCCCCUCCCUCAUAGGAGAUCAGACGUUCAGUCCUAAGCACUGAUCUGAAGACAGUUUCUAGCCUUUGAGGUUUGACUGGGGGUAGGCAGGGUUGGGUUAGUGUAAAGCUGAUCCUAGAUCUGUGUUUAGGAGCAGCUUCUAGCAGUAGUGGUUCUUCUUGAACCAGCACAAACACUUAUGGCCUAUGCACUCCUCUGCAACUGACUCUCACUCUGCCAAGUAUGCUUGUUGUAAACUCAACCCAGGCCAAUGUUUGUUGAAACUGUAUUUAUUUCAUUACAGAUCGUCUAACUCCACAGUAAAUAUUUGUUAAAGCUAAGAUUUUGUUUGGGAAAGUAAUAUGAGGUCAAAUGGAGAGCAGUUGGAAAAGUGUGGUCCUUCUUGCCACGAUAGUUUACCACUGGACAUGAGACUAAUCUCAGGAUUGAAGUCUUCUUCCUUUUGCUGCCAGUCUAUAUUACUGUAUCAAAACCUGCUUCUUUUAUUUUGUCUCAAUCCGUUAAUUUUUCUGUCUUAUUAGUAUAGUAACAUUAAAGAUACAUGUGCAGAGGAUUUUUAAGAUACUGUGGCGACACAGAUCUGACUGAGUUUUAAAA